CUUUCCCCCCCCUUCCAGUCCAGACACUUUCACCCCCUUCCAGUCCGGACACUUUCACCCCCUUCCAGUCCGGACACUUUCACCCCCUUCCAGUCCGGACGCUUUCCCCCCUUCCAGUCCGGACGCUUUCACCCCCUUCCAGUCCGGACACUUUCCCCCCCUUCCGGUCCGGACACUUUCACCCCCUUCCACCCGGACGCUUUCACCCCCUUCCAGUCCGGACGCUUUAACCCCCUUCCAGUCCGGACGCUUUCACCCCUUUCAGUCCGGACGCUUUCACCCCCUUCCAGUCCAGACGCUUUCACCCCCUUCCAGUCCAGACGCUUUCACCCCCUUCCAGUCCGGACACUUUCCCCCCCUUCCAGUCCG